AUGUCCCAGUCCAGCUCCGAGAAACGAACGGUCAUCACCUCGUCCUCAACAUCCUCCAGCAUCGGUGGCGGGGGCAUGGCGGCAGUGAACGAUGGCGGCGAUGACUUCUACUACAAGUCCAGCAUUCAUCCCAGGACCAGCAACGUCGACCACCACAGCAGUCUCUCGGGGAUCAUCGGCGGUGGUGGCGGAGGUGGCUACAAGAGAACUGUGGAGAUUACCUCAGGCAUGAUGCCGUCCGGCUAUGGGACAGUGUCUCAUACUGGAGUCACUAACGUGAAGAGCACCAGGGAGAAAGAGAAGAAGGACAUGCAGCAGCUUAACGAAAGGUUCGCUAACUACAUCGAGAAGGUUCGUUUCCUGGAGGCACAGAAUAGGAAGCUCAUCUCGGAACUGGAUCAGCUCAAGAACAACUGGGGCAAGGAGACCAGCGCCAUUAAGAAGAUGUACGAGACAGAACUAGCCGAGGCCAGACAGGUCAUUGAAGAAACCAUUAAGGAGAAGAAUAAACUGGAGGUCAAAGUUCAGACAAUGCAGGACCAACUCAACAACGCCCUGAAGCAUAUUGACAGGUGUACUCAGUCUGGUCUUGUAUUGACAGUAGUAGGUGUACUCAGUCUGUAUUGA